UUCUCGUGUUUUCAGGCCUUCAGCAGAGCUCAUCGUAUCGGUCAGAACAAGAAGGUGAUGAUCUACCGCUUCGUCACCAAGGCGUCUGUGGAGGAGAGGAUCACUCAGGUUGCCAAGAAGAAGAUGAUGCUGACUCACCUGGUGGUCCGACCUGGUCUCGGAUCCAAGACGGGCUCCAUGUCCAAACAGGAACUGGACGACAUCCUCAAGUUCGGAACGGAGCGGCUCUUCAAGGACGAGUUCGACGGGGGUCUAGGUGAGAUGAUGACGAUGAAGCACAAGGAGGAGGACAGCAGCGUCAUCCACUACGACGAGAAGGCCAUCGACCGUCUGCUGGACAGGAACCAGGACGCCACCGACGACACGGAGCUGCAGAGCAUGAACGAGUACCUGAGCUCCUUCAAGGUGGCUCAGUACGUGGUCAAAGACGAGGAGGAGGAGGAGGAGGAGGUGCAACGGGAGGUCAUCAAGCAGGAGGAGAGCGUGGACCCAGACUACUGGGAGAAGCUGCUGCGUCACCAUUACGAGCAGCAGCAGGAGGAUCUGGCCCGCAACCUGGGCAAAGGCAAGCGCAUCCGCAAGCAGGUCAAUUACAACGACGGGUCUCAAGAAGACAGAGCCGAUUGGCAGGAUGACCAGUCCGACGGCCAAUCGGAUUACUCGGUGGCGUCCGAGGAGGGAGACGAGGACUUUGACGAGCGGACAGAAGCCAACUCUCGCAGGCCGAGCAGGAAGGGCCUGAGGAACGACAAGGACAAGCCGCUGCCCCCCCUGCUGGCCAGGGUGGGAGGCAACAUCGAGGUGUUGGGCUUCAACUCUCGGCAGAGGAAGGCCUUCCUGAACGCAGUGAUGCGUUAUGGGAUGCCUCCCCAGGAUGCCUUCACCACCCAGUGGCUGGUCCGAGACCUGCGGGGGAAAUCUGAGAAGGAGUUCAAGGCGUACGUCUCUCUCUUCAUGCGUCACCUCUGUGAACCCGGAGCCGACGGGGCCGAGACCUUCGCCGACGGCGUCCCCAGAGAAGGGUUGUCGCGGCAACACGUCCUCACGCGCAUCGGCGUCAUGUCGCUCAUUCGCAAAAAGGUGCAGGAGUUCGAGCACGUGAACGGCCAGUGGUCGAUGCCCUGGAUGGCCGAGCUGGAGGAGAGCAAGAAGGCGGCUGCGGCGGCUGCGGCUGCGCAGCUCGACUCGCCGGGGAAAACCCCGUCCACCGGAACCCCCGCCGACACGCAGCCCAACACACCUGCUCCAGGCGACGACUCCUCCUCAAAGAGCGAGGAAGCGGCGAAGGAGGCGGAGAAGAGUCCAGCGGAGGUGAAGAAAGAGGGCGAGGCGGAGAAGAGCAACAGCAAAGAGCCGGCGAACGCCAGCGACGAGGUGAUCGCCAUCCCAGACGACGACGACGACGACGACGAGGAAGACGAGAAGAGUCCGCCGGCGGAGCCGGAGAGCAAAAAGAACGGGGAGGAGCCGAUGGAGACGGACAGACCGAGCAACGGGGAGAAGGAGAAGGAGGGAGAGAAGGAGGCAGAGAGCGAGAUGAAGAGUUCGGAGGCAGGAGAGGAGACAAAGUCGCCGUCAGAGGCCAAGACGGAGGGGUCAGAGGUCAAAUCUGAGGACCCCGAGGUCAAAGGAAAAGAAAAGAAAGAGGAAAAGAUGGACGCCACGCCUCCUGCAGAUGAAAAGAAAGGUACCAAACGCCCGUUUCCUUCUCCGAUAGCGAAACUUCUUUUAUACCUCAUUUUUAUAUAUAACUUUUAUUUAUACCUCCUUUUUAUAUAAAAACUUUUAUUUAUACCU